AUGACCAAAGUUGCCAACACAAGCAGGCCAGUUGAAGAAUACCCGAAGUGCAUCCUAUGUAGUGAUGAAGGAGCGGCACCUCCAGCAACUGCUUGGUGUGCUGACUGUGACAUCAGUCUUUGUGAGGGAUGCCAGAAGGCUCACAGACGUAUUCCUGCCACUCGUCACCAUGACGUUUCUGACCUGUCCACAGAGGUCAAAAUCAACCAAAGACGCAAACCAUUCUGUAAGCAACAUCCAGAUCAAAGCAUGCAGUUCUACUGCAAAGAUUGUAAGAAACUACAAUGUCAGUCCUGUUGCAUCCUGUAUCACAGAAAGUGUGAGGCAAUUCUACCGUUUGAAUCCGUUAUGCCAGAACUGAUCAGCUGUGUUACAGGAGUUAAGGAAAGACUAGCGUCUCAUUUACAAGCAACAGACAGUUUGCUAACAGUUUUAGAAACCAAACGGACUGAGGUAAUAAAGAACAGAGUCACCGUUCAGUGUCAGAUCCGAUCCACAAUCCAGACAGUCACAGAAGCCAAAAUGAAGAAGGAACGACAACUCCUGGACCAACUGGAUGACGCCACUGAGAAACACAUCGAGCGACUGAAAACUGAAAUGAAGUCUGAGGAGGUGGCCAAGCGGAUGAUAAGUCAUCACUCUGUGAUGAUAGACAGAGCUCUGGAGUCUGGAAGUGAAAUGGACAUCUAUGAGAUGUACCUGUGGUGUGAGUCAGAGGAGUUUCCUACAGUAUACGACCCAGAUUCAGAUAUAAAAUAUGAACUGAGAGAGAAAGUAUGUUUUAUGCAUGAGUGUGAAGAGAUCUGUAACAAUAUACACGAGGUAAGCUUGGGUGAAAUUGAUACCAUAUAUGAAGAUGUGUUUGAUUCUACAUCGUCAUCAGUUCUGCACGACACAGUGGUCAUACAAACAGAAGCUGAGACAAGUUUACCUCAUGUUUAUGAUGUGGCAGUGUUCAAUGAAGGCGGUACAGACACCAUAGUUGUAACUGAUAAUAACAACAAGUGCGUCAAAUCCUUCUACACACGCAAUACUCAACCCUGUCAGAGUAAGCUCUCUGUUCAGAGCCCCCCUCGGCGGAUUGCAAAACUUAAUGCCCAUCACAUGGCCAUGACCCUUCCCGAGACAAGGGAGAUAAUAGUGAUUGAAGUGAACCCUGACCUUGUUCUCCAAUCAUACAUUUUAACGAGGAAGAAGUACUUUGGUCUGACAGCCCUGACACCGACUACCCUGGCAGCAGGAUCCGGGUCGCCUCCCUGUGUGGACAUCCUGGACAUGGCGGGGAAUGUGUUGAGGACGCUGAAUCAUGCAGUCAUGCCCCAAGAAGUCAUGUGCUAUGUAUGA